GAGUCUGCCGCGCGGAGGGGGCGGGGAAUCCGGCCCCCACACUCGAUCCACGCUGGCUCCCCACGGCGGUCCCCCGACUCCCACUCCCAUCUGUACUAUGUUGUCGUCCUAGUCGGCCCGCUCCUCGUUGCUUCCGCCUCAGUAUGGCAUCACAGCUGCAGGUGUUUUCCCCCCCAUCAGUGUCGUCGAGUGCCUUCUGCAGUGCAAAGAAACUGAAAAUAGAGCCCUCUGGCUGGGAUGUUUCUGGACAGAGCAGCAACGACAAAUAUUAUACCCACAGCAAAACCCUCCCAGCCACACAAGGGCAAGCCAGCUCCUCUCACCAGGUAGCGAACUUCAGCAUCCCUGCUUACGACCAGGGCCUCCUCCUCCCGGCUCCUGCAGCGGAGCACAUUGUCGUGACGGCUGCUGACAGCUCGGCCAGUGCCGCCACAUCGACCUUCCAAAGCAGCCAGGCCCUGACUCACAGAAACAACGUUUCUUUGCUUGAGCCAUAUCAAAAAUGUGGAUUGAAAAGAAAAAGUGAGGAAGUUGACAGCAACGGUAGCGUGCAAAUCAUAGAAGAACAUCCCCCUCUCAUGCUGCAAAACAGGACUGUGGUGGGUGCCGCUGCCACGACCACCACUGUGACCACGAAGAGUAGCAGUUCCAGCGGAGAAGGGGAUUACCAGCUGGUCCAGCAUGAGAUCCUUUGCUCUAUGACCAAUAGCUAUGAGGUGUUGGAGUUCCUAGGCCGGGGGACGUUUGGACAGGUGGCUAAGUGCUGGAAGCGGAGCACUAAGGAAAUUGUGGCUAUUAAAAUCUUGAAGAACCACCCUUCCUAUGCCAGACAAGGACAGAUUGAAGUGAGCAUCCUUUCCCGCCUAAGCAGUGAAAAUGCUGAUGAGUAUAAUUUUGUUCGUUCUUAUGAGUGCUUUCAGCAUAAGAAUCACACCUGCCUUGUGUUUGAGAUGCUGGAGCAGAACUUGUAUGAUUUUCUCAAGCAGAACAAGUUUAGCCCACUGCCACUCAAGUAUAUCAGGCCGAUCUUGCAGCAGGUGGCCACAGCCCUGAUGAAGCUCAAGAGCCUUGGUCUGAUUCACGCUGACCUUAAGCCUGAAAACAUAAUGCUGGUCGAUCCAGUGCGCCAACCCUACCGAGUGAAGGUCAUUGACUUUGGCUCUGCUAGUCACGUUUCCAAAGCUGUGUGCUCAACCUACUUACAGUCACGUUACUACAGAGCCCCUGAAAUUAUUCUUGGAUUACCAUUUUGUGAAGCUAUUGAUAUGUGGUCAUUGGGCUGUGUGAUAGCUGAGCUGUUCCUGGGAUGGCCUCUGUAUCCUGGUGCUUCAGAAUAUGAUCAGAUUCGUUACAUUUCACAAACACAAGGCCUGCCAGCUGAAUAUCUUCUCAGUGCUGGGACAAAAACAACCAGGUUUUUCAACAGAGAUCCUAAUUUGGGGUAUCCGCUGUGGAGGCUUAAGACACCAGAAGAACAUGAAUUGGAGACUGGAAUCAAAUCAAAGGAAGCUCGAAAGUACAUUUUUAAUUGUUUAGAUGACAUGGCUCAGGUGAAUAUGUCCACAGACCUAGAGGGAACAGACAUGUUGGCAGAGAAGGCGGAUCGGAGAGAAUACAUUGAUCUGCUAAAGAAAAUGCUAACAAUUGAUGCAGAUAAGAGAAUUACUCCUCUGAAAACUCUGAACCAUCAGUUUGUGACAAUGACUCACCUUCUGGAUUUUCCACAUAGCAAUCAUGUUAAGUCUUGUUUUCAGAACAUGGAGAUCUGCAAGCGGAGGGUUCACAUGUAUGACACAGUGAGUCAGAUCAAGAGUCCCUUCACUACGCACGUUGCCCCAAAUACAAGCACAAAUCUAACCAUGAGCUUCAGCAACCAGCUUAAUACAGUGCACAAUCAGGCCAGUGUUCUAGCUUCCAGUUCUACUGCAGCAGCUGCUACUCUUUCUCUGGCUAAUUCGGAUGUCUCACUGCUGAACUACCAGUCGGCUUUGUACCCAUCAUCUGCAGCAGCAGUUCCUGGAGUUGCCCAGCAAGGUGUUUCCUUGCAGCCCGGAACCACCCAAAUUUGCACUCAGACAGAUCCAUUCCAACAAACGUUUAUAGUAUGUCCACCUGCUUUUCAGACUGGACUACAAGCAACAACAAAGCAUUCUGGAUUCCCUGUGAGGAUGGAUAACGCUGUGCCCAUCGUCCCCCAGGCGCCGGCCGCCCAGCCGCUGCAGAUCCAGUCAGGAGUCCUUACGCAGGGAAGCUGUACACCACUAAUGGUAGCAACUCUUCACCCUCAAGUAGCCACCAUCACACCGCAGUACGCGGUGCCCUUUACUCUGAGCUGCGCAGCCGGCCGGCCGGCGCUGGUUGAACAGACUGCCGCUGUACUGCAGGCUUGGCCUGGAGGAACCCAACAAAUUCUCCUGCCUUCAACUUGGCAACAGUUGCCUGGGGUAGCUCUGCACAACUCUGUCCAGCCCACAGCAGUGAUUCCGGAGGCCAUGGGCAGUGGCCAGCAGCUCACAGACUGGAGGAAUGCCCACUCUCACGGCAGCCAGUACAGCACUAUCAUGCAGCAGCCAUCCUUGCUGACUAACCACGUGACCCUGGCCGCUGCUCAGCCCCUGAAUGUUGGUGUUGCCCAUGUUGUCAGACAGCAGCAAUCUAGUUCCCUCUCUUCAAAGAAGAAUAAGCAGUCUGCUCCGGUCUCUUCGAAGUCCUCCCUGGAUGUUCUGCCUUCUCAAGUCUAUUCUCUUGUUGGGAGCAGUCCCCUGCGUACCACAUCUUCCUAUAACUCCCUAGUUCCUGUCUCAGAUCAGCAUCAGCCAAUCAUCAUUCCAGAUACUCCCAGCCCUCCUGUGAGUGUCAUCACCAUCCGCAGUGACACUGAUGAGGAGGAGGACAACAAGUAUAAGCCCAAUAGCUCUGGCCUGAAGGCAAGGUCUAAUGUCAUCAGUUACGUCACUGUCAAUGAUUCUCCAGACUCUGACUCUUCCUUAAGCAGCCCGUAUCCCACUGAUACCCCAAGUGCUCUCCGGGGCAAUAGCGGGCCCCUCGUGGAGGCGCCCGGCAGGGUCGUGGGGGAGGGUGCCGGCACCCGCACCAUCAUUGUGCCUCCGCUGAAAACCCAGCUUGGCGACUGCCCGGUAGCACCCCAGGCCUCAGGUCUCCUGAGCAGUAAGGCCAAGCCAGUGGCCUCAGUGAGCGGGCAGUCCUCUGGAUGCUGUAUCACCCCCUCAGGGUAUCGAGCUCAGCGCGGGGGGACCAGCGCGGCACAGCCACUUAACCUUAGCCAGAACCAGCAGUCUUCGUCAGCUCCAGCCUCGCAGGAGAGAAGCAGCAACGCUGCGCCCCGCAGGCAGCAGGCGUUUGUGGCCCCGCUCUCCCAAGCCCCCUACGCCUUCCAGCAUGGCAGCCCACUACACUCGACGGGGCACCCACACCUGGCCCCGGCCCCCGCGCACCUGCCGAGCCAGCCUCACCUGUAUACGUAUGCUGCCCCCACCUCUGCUGCUGCAUUGGGCUCCACCAGCUCCAUUGCUCACCUCUUCUCCCCCCAGGGCUCCUCACGGCACGCUGCAGCCUACACCGCCCACCCCAGCACUCUGGUGCACCAGGUCCCUGUCAGCGUCGGGCCCAGCCUUCUCACUUCUGCCAGCGUGGCCCCUGCUCAGUACCAACACCAGUUUGCCACCCAGUCCUACAUCGGGUCUUCCCGAGGCUCCGCCAUUUACACUGGAUACCCACUGAGCCCUACCAAGAUCAGCCAGUAUUCCUAUUUGUAGUUGGUGAGCAGAGGGAGGGCGGGCUCAUGGCUGCCUGUUCCUGGCCCGGAAUCUUUAAUAACAGGCCAUGAUGAGCUCCUCCCCUACCCCCUCUUGAAACUCCUUAGCCAGCAACUCAUUCUGCAGGGGCCCACUGAAGCAGAAGGGUUUUCUCUGGGGAAACCUGUCUUAGUGUUGACUGCAUUGUUGUAGUCUCCCAAAGUCUGUCCUAUUUUUAAAUUCUUUAUUUUUGUGACAGCAUUUUUGGUAUUUGGAAGAGUUCAGAUGCCCAUCUUCUGCAGUUACCAAGGAAGAGAGAUCGUUCUGAAGUUACCCUUUGAAAAAAUAUUUUCUCUCUGACUUGAUUUCUAUAAAUGUUUUUAAAACAAGCGAAGCCCGUCUUUAUUUAACUUUGUUUUAUUGUGAUUGCUGGUCCGAGGAAAAAUGCUGAUAGAAGGACUUGAAAUCUGGUAACUAGUGAGAAGAGAAAAAUUGUCAUGUUGUACUUGUUUAAAAACCAAGACUUACUUGCCUACUUUAAGAGCAGCUUACACAAGUCUAUACUUGACUAUCAGGCAUUUCUCCUCGAAAUUUUACCUUUCUUUAUGGGACAUUAGACUUACAGUGCUUUAGUUUUGUUUUCAUGUCACAUUAAACUGGGCAGUUGUUAUUUUUGCAAAACUGGUUACAUACUGCUCUCUGUGUUACUGUUGGGAUUCUCUCAGUUGCUCCUGUGUUUAUUUUAAACUAGUGUAAAAAAGGCAGCUCACCAUUUGCUGGUAACUUAGUGUGAGAGAAUCCAUACCUACCAUGAAAGCACUAGGUAUUCUUUUUAGAUGAAGUACCAUGCAUCCUUCUUAAGUUAUUUUUUACAAGUCCUUCUCUCUGAUUCAGCUUAAAUGUUAUUGGAAAAGCCAUUACGGUGGUUAUUAUUGUAUGGUGGUGAUUGUCUUAUUAUAUGCAAAAUCUCUUUGUAUUAUGCGAUACUGGUAUUGAUGAGCUUUGCCUAAAGGUUGUUGGCAUUGGUGAGCUUUGCCUAAAGAUUAAUAUGAAUUUUCAAUAAUUCACCUCUCGCUCUUUGCCUCAUCUCUCCCUUCUGUUCUCUAUGGUUUAUUUGGGGAGAAAGCUAAAGAAUAUGAAACCAGAUAAGAACGUCGUGUAUAGCUUUUAUACUUUAAAGUAGCUUCCUUUGUAUGCCAGCAGCAAAUUGAAUGCUCUCUUAUUAAGACUUAUACAAUAAGUGCAUGUAGGAAUUGCAAAAAAUAUUUUAAAAAUUUAUUACUGAAUUUAAAAAUAUUUUAGAAGUUUUGUAAUGGUGGUGUUUUAAUAUUUUGCAUAAUUAAAUAUGUACAUAUUGAUUAGAAAACUAUAACAAGCAAUUUUUCCUGCUAACCCAAAAUGUUAUUUGUAAUCAAAUGUGUAGUGAUUACACUUGAAUUGUGUAUUUAGUGUGUAUCUGAUCCUCCAGUGUUACCCCGGAGAUGGAAUUGAUGUCUCCAUUGUAUUUAAACCAAAAUGAACUGAUACUUGUUGGAAUGUAUGUGAACUAAUUGCAAUUAUAUUAGAGCAUAUUACUGUAGUGUUGAAUGAGCAGGGGCAUUGCCUGCAAGGAGAGGAGACCCUUGGGAUUGUUUUGCACAGGUGUGUCUGGUGAGGAGUUGUUCAGUGUGUGUCUCUUCUCCCCGUUCUCCUUCCCUUAUUGUAGUGCCUUAUAUGAUGAUGUAGUGGUUCAUAGAGUUUACAGUGAGCUUGCCUUAGGACGGACCAGCAAGCCCGUGUGGACCCUAAGCUGUUCACUGGGAUUUAUCAGAACAGGAUUUAGUAGCUGUGUCGUGUAAAUGCAUUGUUGUCAGUUUUCCUGCCGACACUGAAAAAUCGAAACAGCAGCUUUUCUCCUUUACCACCACCUCUACCCCUUUCCACUUUGGAAUCUCCGCCGAGUUCUCGCAGAAGCAUCUUUCCCAUGUGGCUCUCUCACGGUGCGUUGCCACCUUGCUUCUGGGGGAAUUUGGGAAGCAGGUGAGAGGAGUCAAGCCAAUAUUAAAUACGUGGGUUUUUUUUCUUUUCUUUUAGAGUAUGUGCAAUCACUUUUAGAAUGAGAUUUUUUUUUCCUUUUCCCAUGUGGCAGUCCCUCCUGCAAAUAGUCGACAUUCCUAGUAAAGUAUUUGCUUGUUGAGAAAACCCUGUAACAGAUCCGUUUAUACCAAAGAGCCUGUUGUAUUGCUUACCUACCAUGUCCCCACACUAGGAGGAGGAGUUUUGUGAUACCGCUGGUGACCGGGAACUCACGGAAAGGUUUCUGAGCCGGUGAAGAAUAGUAAGAAGGAACCAAAGCCUGUUCAGUCGUCGGGCUGUUGAGGUUUCUUUUUUAACAACUUGUAUAUUCUUGGGGCUGUGAAGUUGUCCUAGUACUCUCAGCUCCUGCAUGGAUCUGGGUCAAGUGGAAGGUACUGGGGAUGGGGAUGUGCCUGCCCAUGAAAGACUUGGGGGAAGAAGAUACAGAAGUGUUCCAUCUGAAUCGAACAGUUUGUACUUGAGGGCUGAGUCCAGGACUGGUUCUUUGUAGAGAUGGCGUCGAGGAGGUGCAGGGUGGAGACGGGGAUUCCAUGGAGCCCGGCCAGCAAGCCCUGUGCCGGGCUGAACACCGAGGAGCUGGCGCGGCGUUUGGAGUUCCUUCCUCGGGAAGAGUAAGGGCUUCCACGAUGGGGCACACAGUCAGUACGGCCUACCGGGGCCAUGUCGGUGUUUUCUACUUUUUCUUAUUUCUUAUUUUCUUUUUUCGGUUGGUCAUCCUCUUGAGUUGUGUUUGUACCGCUCUAUUUAUUGGUGAAGGUACCCAAACAGCUUGCAUAGUUUCCCUCACUAGCGUUACACAGUUUUCUGGUCAACGUGUAUGGUCUUUGUUUCCUUUUUUGCCAAGCAUGUAUGGAUUUUCUUGCUCAAAGGCAGAUCUAGUUUCUAGUAAAAACAUGUUUUGUUCCUUAGCUUUCCUCUACAAGGGAUAAGAUGUGUUGGUUUUGUAACAAAUGAGUUGCGGGAAAAAGACAAAACACACAAAACACUCCACUCCUGCCCCCCGUCCAGUAGUAAGUAGAUACCGCUUAAGAUAUGAAUCUCGUUACCUUCAUGGGGAAAAGACAAUACCAAGAACUUGUAUGGUGAUCUUAAUCACCUUACUAGUAGUGUGUGUGGCUUUUAAGAAUUUUAGAAAUUUUCAGCCUUAGUCUACAAAUUGGCGUUUCAGAUUUACCAAGAUAAAUCUCCAUCUGUGUCUGCUGAAUGUAUAUGUGCUCAGUGUGGCUUUAGAGUCUGUCCCUGGGGCUUCACAUUGCCAGCCGUGGCAGGGCGGAGGGAGCCCUGUGAAUUCUGGCGAGCGGCCUGCCUGGGGUGAUAGCCGCCUAACUUCAGGCCAGCUUAAGGCUCUGAGUCCUUUCUGAACCUUGUAUUUCCAGCUUCUGCCCUUCAGGGUGAGAGAGAACGUGGGGACGGUCUAAGUACAGCCACUCUGGGCUCAUCGGGACUCUUGAUCACCCCAGAGUUUGAAUAGCUCCCACGAGGCGAUACCGCUGUCAGUGCUCAGCUCAGAUACCAGCCCCAGGAAUACGAAGUCCAUUCCAGACAGUUCUGGCCAUCUGAGAGGCUCCACCCGGGAGGCUCGGCUCGACUGCCCUUAGCCAGGCAAGCACUGUGAUGUGUGUUUUAUUCAGCAUUAUUACGCAAAACCCACUGGUUAGGUUGGCUUGUUUUAGGAUAGGAAAUGAAGUUGCCUCUCGGUGAUAGGAAUGGCCCAGGCCUGCUUCCUGUUUUGGUUUUUGGUUUUUGGGUUUUUGUUUUUGUUUUUGUUUGUUUUCUUAACUGAUGGAUGGUGCAGCAUGUCUACAUGGUCGUUUGUUGCUAAACUUUAUAUAAUGCGUGGUUUUGAUUCAGCUUGAAAAAUAAUCUCACUACAUGUAGCAGGACAUUAUGUGUACAUUAUAUGUAAUGUUAGUAUUUCUGCUUUGAAUCCUUGAUAUUGCAAUGGAAUUCCAACUUUAUUAAAUGUAUUUGAUAGGCUAGUUAUUGUGUGCGAUUUAAACUUUUUUUGCUUUCUCCCUUUUCUGGUUGUGCGCUUCCUUUUACAACAAGCUUCUAGAAACAGUUUCUGAGAAUUACUGAGCUAUGUUUGUAAUGCAGAUGUACUUAGGGAGUAUGUAAAAUAAUCAUUUUAACAAAAGAAAUAGAUAUUUAAAAUUUAAUACUAACUACGGGAAAAGGGUCCAUUGUGUAAAACAUAGUUUAUCUUUGGAUUCAAUGUUUGUCUUUGGUUUUACAAAGUAGCUUGUAUUUUCAGUAUUUUCUACAUAAUAUGGUAAAAUGUAGAGCAAUUGCAAUGCAUCAAUAAAAUGGGUAAAUUUUCUGAUUCA